AUGACCAAGUACGGCUUCGCCAGGCUGGCUCUGUGGCGGCCGAGGCGCUCCAUGACCUCGCAACCGUCGAACAACCAGGAAAACAACCCCCUAAUGGAGGGCGAGGGCGGCGGCGGCGGCGGCGGUGGCGGCCGUUCUGUGACCGGCUCCGUUGGCGGCGGUGGCGGAGGCGGCGGCGGCGGCGGUCGUCGGGCACCGAGCCUACGGCUGGUGAACGGAAGGGCGACCACGGGGGUGAGUUUGCACACCAGCAGCACCGAAUCCGUGCGCUCUCCCCAUCACCAGCUGGGCCAGCAGAUCGGCAACAACAACUGCCACGCCGGUAACAACCCCGCCGCGAACAAUCAUCCACGGCUCAACAAAGAUGACAGCAUCAAGAUCAGCAUCGAGAACACCAACACGUGCACGGACAGUCUCGUCACUGCUCUAGACGACGAGACCCUGCUCAUCACCGAUUUCCUGGGCGACACAGGUGCUCCCUGA